GCCGCUUUUCCUUUCCGGUUUCCUUUUUAUUAUUUCCGAGGAGCCGUUUUUGCGGCGACUCGUAAUCGGGUUCAUCAGCAGCUGUCCUACGCCCACAGAAACGUCCUUACGAACGAGGACGUCGAGAUUCAGGGUGGCUAAGAGAAGUAAGGAAAGCCUUUCCGGUGGUUCGGUCGGUCAGCUGCUACUACUACACGACGGUCGAAGUGCUACUCGCCCGUGGCAACUCACUGGCUCUCGUGGUUUGCGGGUUCGCCUUGUCUACGAGUUACAAGUUAUAAGCAGUCGGCGCUCGCCAGGGCUGUCGCGAGGAUGUGCGCGGACGUCGUACGUUUUCCUGGUUUCGAGUGUACCAUCAAGAGUACGACCGUCCAGGAGUCCACCGAUCCCAAGGGCUCCUAGCUCCUGAGUGUAAUCGAGUCGAGAGUAUCAGUAGUGCACGCGAACCGCUCCCAGUGCAGGGACUCUUCGCCCGGGAUUUUCCAAAUUUUAUUUGAACACUUUGAGGACAACCCUUACGGUAUAUCUUCAUAAUCAUUGAUAUUUAAACAUCUGGUAUAGUGAAUCGGUAUUGUAGUGGAAGGACAUAUUAUCAUUGGAUAUUGUCCUGGUGAAUAAGUGCAUUUUUCAAGAUUUCAUAGGAAUAUUACUCUAUAGAACCGAUUCAGUCGAUAUUUUCUUGGUGAAGAGUGUAUUUCAGAGAAUAUUUACGAAUUUGAGCAUAAGGAUUGGCUAAAGGAAGUGUUGCUACUGGUGUUUUGAUAUAACAGUAGGAAAAGAGAGAGGCUUUUGAAAGUCCAUGCGGUAAAUACGAGUAUAGUAAGAUCAUUAUUCGUGCUUCUAGCCGGUUAACGCAUCACUCGAAAAUUUAUUUUGCGGAGUCUCUUUUCACCCACGGGGUGUUAAGAAGUAUUCUGGCGCAGCCCUUACAACGGAAGCAUAUCCAUGUUCAACGUGACCAAUACAACUCAAGUUGGAGUAUAAAAAAAAAAUAUAAAAUUUCACGUGCAAAUACUGUAUAGUGGCUCUGCUUAAAGUAAAAAAAAAAACGAGAAAUAAACAACAUAAUCUUAUUUUAUAUAAUUUGGAGUAUUUAAAAUACCUGUGUUUCAACUGGCCUUCAUAUACUUGGGAGCAUCAAGGAAUUAGUCUGUUGGGAGCAAACAAAGUAAUUUCUACAAUUUUUCAAAAACAAGCUGAGAGUCUGUUUAGUACCGUCAUCGUGAACUAACUUCUAAUAAUCGUUAAAUUCCAAUAACUCUAAAGAAAGUCGAUAAAGAUCUAUAGAACACGAAAAGAAGUCUCCGCUCAUUUUUCUCUUAAGCUGAAUAUAAGGACUGUUUCUGACUUCACGCGCACGUUCACUUAGAAAUAUUUGAAAAAUCGAUAAGAUAUAUCUAACCAAUGAUCACCACGUAGAAAUGAAUAUUUUGAAGUCCACGGUCUAGCGUGAGCACAGGGUAUAUUCUUUUAACCAACGUUAUUAUUUAUAUAUACAUGCGAUAUAUUGAGCGAGCUCUUCUAAAUAUAAAAAAAAAUUCUCAGCAUUGACAAGGCCCUAUAGCGCGUGCCGACUACUCUGCUUCACAAAUGAUUCUACAAAUAUAUAUAUACACAGAUAUCUAAACGUAUAUUAUACAAGUAUAUCAAGUAUACCAAGUGCAACGUUACUUAGCUAAUCGGCAAGAGUAGUUGGGAUUCUCUCCUCAUAAUUUCUCUCUUAUAAAAAGGAAGUACUUAAAUCGCAUUUCCAGCGAAUUUCAAAGUUAUUGUCAGUAUACAUAAAAAGUAGUUUUAAAAUGUCCAACAGUCAUUGACUAGUCAACGAGUAUAUUAAAACAGUUCGUGCUAAUUGAUAUUUGUCGUGGCUACGUAAAUUGUGCGAGUUAAAAUGUGAAAAAAAAAAGAUUUUUAACGCCUAAUUCAUUCGUGUAAUAUAAGAGUUGUGUGUUUACGUGGAAAGGUGAAGCGAUUAAGUUGACCCGUGAAUCUUUGUGCCAUUUUAACGUCAUCUAGGAGUCUCCCUAAGGAUUUCUUAGUCGGCUGAAGGAAUCUACAAUACUCAUCGUUAAUCGGCAUCCAUUGACUCCAGAGGAUUUCUUCAACGAGACGUUGCGACUUGAAAUCAAGGAUUCAUAGAUGGAGAGUGCCGAUAAUAAGAAGCUGACCGAUGAGUGCAACCAGCAAAGCGACAACCGGCUCCUCUUCGAGAUGCGGAGCGUGGACGCUGCUCAGGAUAUCAGGGAGGAGAAUAUGAAGAACGAGGAUCAUAAGGACUCCAAGGAUACGAAAAUGAGUACGGCUGACAGCAAGGAGAGCAUCGAGGGUACCAAGCUCGCGAAGAAGAUGUCGGAGGAUCUUGAUGAGGACGAGGGCAAGGGCUCGGACGAGGAGGAGAGCAAAGAGAAACCGGAUGAGAAACGUGACGAUGAGUCCUCGACCACCACUUCCUCUACCACCACUUCGGAUGACGAGUCUGACACGACUUCCGAGGAGAAGACGGAACCGUCGAAACCUGAAGUUGCUCCUCAGCCAAUCGAGACCAAAGAAGAGCCGAAGAACGAGGAUACCACCGAUGACAGUGAUAUCGAGGAUGACCUCAUAUCCGCUAUUAAUUACAACACCAUUACCUCCCUGGCAGCCCUGAAGGAUAUGCUGCAAUGCUCCGGCGAGGACUCAGAGGGCGUCGAUAGCUUCUUCCAUCAUUAUUUUCUAUCUCAUGUCAAUCGGCUGCCAUCCAGAAAUCAGACACACAGUCCUUAUCCCUGGGGCAGGCGACUAUCGGAAUGCCGCGAAGAGGACGAAUACGAGACUGAAGAGGGUAAAAACGUGGAGAGCACUACAGCUGAUACGAGCGUCGAGAUUAAAAAGGAAGCAGUCAGCGCACAGGAGUCCCAGGAGAAGUCGGACAACGUGCCUUCGAAAGCCUCGAGUCCUUCGUCCUCCGAAAAAUCAAGUUCUGAAAAGAUUGAUCAAAAGUCAGCAGCGUCGGAGCCCCGAGCUCCUCCGACUACGACUGCGUCUCGUUUCACUACGUCAACAGUAACAUCGCCAACCUCCACCAAGCCGCCUCUACGUAGGAGACACACUGCUGGAUCUGGAAUGACAUUUCCAGCCACGGAUCCGCCCACCUACUCGAGCAGUAUGACCUUCUCCAGGACGAGUCCUCUACCCAGCCCACACUUGGACAAGAGAUUCUUCGAUUCCAGUCUCAUUGAAAUGAAGAGUCAAGCCAGUAGCACGAGUACCCUCGACUACGAUUCCACUGAUGAGAUCUGGAUACGCCGAGUGGACUUUGUCCAGGAACGUAAACGAAGGGAGCUUGGUUCACAGCCGUUGCCGACGAUCGUAACCGAGGAUGUCGACAAGAGUGCGCAAGAUCAGGGUCACAGGCCCAGGGCUGGAACAUGGGGCUCGCACUCGAGGAACAUCAGGAAACCAUCCACGGGAAGUGCUCCCAGUUCCGGAAAAUCUACGCCUCUCCCUCAGCAACUGGAACCUGCUUCGAGCUCAUCCAGCUCUGGCAAGGGUGGCAGAAAGACAUCAGGCACUCACUCCGGUUCAACUAGUCGCAGCAACAGUCGUAGUAAUAGCACAGAACGUAGGAGAAGUGGUGACGACACGGCCAGCCCCACUCGGAAACCAGCCCUUUUUGACGCUUUUCGGCCUAGGAGUAAAUCCGACGCUAGUAAGACUAGAAAGCCCAGUAUUAUUGCAAACAUGAAGAGCGCGGUGCAGCAUUCGCUGUACAGAAGCUCGCAUGGAAGCUCUUCGGUGGACGUGAACACUGAAAAGGAUCAUCACAAAGAUCAUAAAGACCACAAAGAUCAUAAGGAAGGCAAGGAGCAGAGUGGAAGGCCUAGAGCGGGUUCAGAGAGUAGUCGGAAUCCAGUAAGCAAAGUAAUGGAUCUCAUUAGGCAUCGAAGUCACAGUUCUUUGAGUUCAGAAGACAAGCGAAAAGCGAGAGCAGCGGCCCAACAUCAGUCGCAGGUAGCAGUCCAGAGUGCUCUCAGGAGAAGUUCCGUGGAUCCAGGUGCGAGACGACUAUCGCUCGGCACACCGGCUGUUCCCCAUAGAGCUUCCGAUGCCUUGCUGGAUCCUGUACAUGCCGCCAUUCUAUUUAGAGAUUCACGAGGACUACCCGUGGUGGAUCCCUUCCUGGAGAAAGUUUCACUCUCCGAUCUCGAGGAGGACGAGUCCCAGAUCUACGUAAAGUUCUUCAAGUUUCAUAAGUGUUAUGACCUGAUACCCACCAGUGCCAAAUUAGUCGUAUUUGACACUCACCUGCUUGUGAAGAAGGCUUUCUUUGCUCUAGUCUAUAACGGUGUUAGAGCAGCUCCAUUAUGGGACAGUUCGCGGCAGCAAUUUGUUGGAAUGCUGACUAUAACGGAUUUCAUAAAGAUCCUACAGAUGUACUACACCAGUCCUUCGGUCACUAUGGAUGAACUAGAAGAGCACGAGUUGGACACUUGGAGAAAGGUCUUAAAGGAUCAAGUGCAUCCUCUGGUCAGCAUAGGUCCUGAUGCAUCCUUGUACGAUGCUAUUAAAACUCUGAUCCAUAACAGAAUACAUCGUUUGCCUGUGAUAGAUCCUGAUACUGGAAAUGUGCUAUACAUUUUGACGCAUAAAAGAAUACUUAGGUUUCUUUUCCUUUAUAUCCAUGAAUUACCUAAGCCUUCCUUUACUAACAAAACACUAAGAGAGCUAAGGAUAGGAACGUUUGACAACAUAGAAACCGCCACAGAAGAAACUAGCAUAAUUUUAGCUCUGAAGAAGUUCGUCGAAAGGCGAGUCUCUGCAUUACCAAUAAUUGACAAUGAAGGAAAGUUAGUGAACAUCUACUCCAAGUUUGAUGUGAUUAAUCUAGCUGCAGAAAAAACAUAUAAUAAUUUGGAUGUGUCGCUGCGAGAAGCUAAUGAACAUAGAAAUGAAUGGUUCGAAGGAGUCCAAAGUUGUAAACUGGAUGAAACCUUAUUUACUGUUAUGGAAAAGAUUGUAAGAGCAGAGGUUCACAGACUCGUUGUAGUAGAUGAUGAUGAUAAAGCAAUUGGUAUAAUUUCGCUAUCCGAUCUGCUGUUCUAUCUCGUUCUCAGGCCUUGUGGUGAAGACGGAAGUAGCAAUAAGGGUAGUUCUAUAUCGUUGCGAGCACAAGAUUCCAUAAACUCAAGAGCUCCAAGUUCUGCCCAGUCGGAAACAUCCCUUGUGGACGGAGAAGCGGAACCGGAACAAGAGGUGGCCGAUGCAAACCAAACAGAAGAAUCACCUACAACUCCAAGUCCACCGCUGAGUCCAGCUGGUUCAGAUAUUUCGGAGCCACAAUCGACGUUGGUAAAUCCCUCUCAGGAACCGACGUGGCGGGAAGUCACAGUAUCGGGAGGAGAAUGAGCGUUGCCGUUACCUAAUCUUGCUUGAACAUGCAAAGAAAUUCUGUAAAUCUAGAUCAGUGCUGUGCCAGAUGCCUCGCAUCAUAGCAGCAUUUAGGAGUCGGCUGAAAUUAAAGUAUUUCUGAUGCCACGUAAUUGUCAUGUUUAUCGCUCCUAUCCGUAGACACGAACGAAACUCCAUUGCUUUACUCCUAUACUUUCGGAGCGUAUAACAGGACAGAUCUUUCGUGGCAUAGUUCCGUGGAAGUCUUACAUUGAAUAUAAUUUUCGGUAUCUAUUUAGAAUUGACUCUAAAACUUAUACAUGGCGUAUAACGUUGUACAGUGUAUAAAUUUAUGUUAUAUUCGACUUUGUACAAUGACAUAUAUAUCUAUAUCUAUAUCUAUAUAUAUAUAUAUAUAUGACGAUUUAACGAUACUCGGUAUAGACAUUUACAACCGUUCUUUCGGAGUUUGCUUUCGAAAUAUCUGUUCUUGUAGCAUAUACUUUAUUUAUCAUGUUUAUUUCUUCUUCUUUUCAAAAUUAUACUUAUUCAUACGAGGAAGUCUGUAUAUAAUUAUGAUGUAGUAUAUACCAUUUUUUGUAUUUUGUGAAAUUGGGAUGUUGGUUUUCAACUUUUAUUACACAUUUACGAUGUUAAAUUACAAGGAGGCCCUUCAAGACUUGUAUUAAUUUCGCCAAUGGAUAUGAAAACGGAAUGAUUUAAUUUGCAUAAUAGAUGAAUUAACAUUUACGAAUUUUUGAAGUAAUGUGAUACUUUACAGGAGGUGUGGAAGUUAGUUUUUCAGUCUUGCCGAAGGUGAUUUUCAUGGUGAAUCUGAGGUUAUGGUCAAGAAACAAUAAAAAAUUGUAAUGAAGAUGAUGACGCCUGUAAAUAGAUAACGAAAUACCGUGUUAUGUAGUACGCAGUAUAAUCUAGAAGCUUAGUCGGCUGCAUCGAGUCGUGAAAAACCUGUAUGUUAGAGUCUUAACCAGACGAGUAGAUUGAACGCGCAGGAAAUAAAAUCAUGAUAUGAAUUUUUGAAUAUGGUAUUAAUCGGCGAUUUCAUCCCGAUCGGACUAUUUUUUUAAGCUACAAUGCCUUUUCGUUCUGUAAGAAUGAGCGUAAAAACCGGUCGAAUAAUUUGGAGCGCUUGUCAAACCGAAAUAUAAAUCUGUACAUUGUGUAUGCGAGAAGUAAAGAAUUAAAGGCCUAUGUGAGAAGUCAAAUGGCUAUAGAAUUUCUAGUACUUAGUAUUUAUGGUCAAAAUUCGUGCACGGGUUCUCUUAUGUUAUUCUUUCAAUAUCUUUCAAUCUAAAAGAGAAAUGCUGAUUAUAAAUGAUUCUAUCUAUUGAAUUCAAAUGUUCAAGUUGAGACGAACAUUGAUACUGAUAAUAUCUAUGCAGAACGUCUGUACAUCAGUUUCGACCAUGUCUUUAUAGAAAUAAUUUAUACUUAAAGGCAUAGAAUGUGUAUAACAUUGAAUAGAGUGUUGUAAAGUAGCGAUGAAUAUAAAUGAAAGAAAGAGAGAAGCUGCACAGUCUCGCGCGUUUAAAUUAAUUAUGAAUGUCAAUGCAUUAAAGGCAUCUUCCGUUGCCUUUGUACUGUUUCUAGCGGGUAUAACACGACCCUAAGGUUGUUCCCUAUAAGAAUUUGGUGUAAUUAAUGUUCCUUUCAUACUAAAAAGUAUUUUCCAAAUUA